CUUGUUCUGCAGUUCUGCUGUGGCGCUAUUUUCCUCUUUUCGGAAAAGGAAGCAAGCCAUCUGCCCUAAGUUUCGAUCCCAGACCACCGAGGGGCUUUCUCAAGCCUCACUGCCCAAAACCCGCUUUUUUCAUCUCUUGUUUUAAGGCUUCUUAAUCUCUGCUUGAAAAUGGCGGAUUCUCCUCGCAAAAGGUAUUCAAAAUCUCCUUCCCCAUGGAGAGAGCAAUCCCGGUCAAGAUCUAGGUCAAGGUCAAGAUCCAGAUCCUGGUCCAGACCAAGGCACAGGUCCAGGUCCAGAUCAAGGUCUAGGAGCCGUGGCAGGACUGAAACUUCAAAUCCUGGAAAUACCCUUUAUGUGACUGGCCUAUCUACUAGGGUUACAGAGAGGGCCCUUGAAGAUCACUUCUCCAGGGAGGGAAAGGUGGCUUCAUGUUUUCUGGUCAUGGAGCCUCGCACGCGCAUUUCUCGUGGAUUUGCCUUUGUUACAAUGGAAACUGUUGAAGAUGCCAACCGCUGCAUCAAGCACCUCAAUCAAUCGGUUCUAGAAGGUCGAUACAUAACUGUGGAGAAGUCACGGAGGAAACGUGCAAGGACUCCAACGCCUGGACACUAUCUUGGGCUGAAAAAUACUAGGGAUUCUGGCUAUCGUGGUGACCGUGGUAGAUAUCGUGGUGGUUCUGGCCGAGAUGACUAUGGAUCUCGGAGAUCUCCCAGGCCCUCACCUUAUAGAGGAGGGCGUGAUUAUUCUCCCAGGCGAUCACCUCCAAGGGGAAGAUCAAGAAGGGACAGGUCAAGGUCGAUUCCGUACUCUCCUUAUGCUAGCCCAGAAAGGGGCUAUGGCCACCGUGCUAGAUGAGGUUCUUGUUAGGUUUCAGUAAUCCAUGUUAGGGGAUGAUAUCGACUUUUUGUUAAAGACAAAUUAUGGUGAUGCGUAGGGGAUGAUAUUGACAUUUUGUUGGGACACAUUGUGGUGAAGUUCUGACCUAAGAUCUUCAGUUGAAACUAGACCUGGCAACUGGUUCAUGUUCAUUUGGAAGGUUGCUUUAUUUUCUUUCCAUCUAUGUCAUUGACAGCUUAUGUAUGGUUUGAGUGGUGAUCCUUGUUUAUCUAAUUGUAAUGCUUGCUGCUGUGUUCCAAGCCCUAAUAAGGGUUUGUUUCAAUUA